CUUCCCCCCGGCUAGAGAGAGGGGGAGGGGAGCGAGAGAGAGGCUGUAGCGGGGCAGGGGUUUCGCUUUGUUCGCCCUUCCUUCCCAGUGCUCCGGCACCUGCAACUUCUUCUGCACAGAGUAGCCGCGAAUCGCAUUCGUUAUCAACGAAACAUGAGUCGCUACGACAGUCGCUCUGGGGACCCUACUUCUUACCGUGACCGGAGAAGUGAUUCGGGGCUGGGUGCUCCCACAGGUUACGGUGGUUCUGUCCACUCUUCCUCAAGCAGGAGGGAUUACAAUGACGGUGGAUCCCCAAGGAAAUUGAAUUUGGAUGGCCUGCCUCAUUUUGAGAAGAAUUUCUACAUUGAGUCACCAGAGGUGAGGGCUAUGACUGAGGCUGAAGUUAAUGAUUAUCGGCAGAAGAGGGACAUAACUGUUGAAGGUCGAGAUGUCCCCAGACCAGUCAAAAGCUUUCACCUUGCUGGUUUCCCGGAGUAUGUUCUGCAAGAAAUUACAAAAGCUGGUUUUGUUGAACCUACACCUAUUCAAUCUCAAGGAUGGCCAAUGGCUUUGAAGGGGCGUGAUCUCAUAGGAAUAGCAGAAACUGGAUCAGGGAAGACGCUUGCUUAUUUAUUGCCUGCAAUCGUACAUAUUAAUGCCCAGCCUAUUCUAGAACCUGGAGAUGGUCCAAUUGUGUUAGUUUUGGCUCCAACUCGAGAACUUGCUGUCCAAAUACAGCAAGAGGCUACUAAGUUUGGUGCAUCAUCUAGAAUUAAGAGUACCUGCAUAUAUGGUGGGGUACCUAAGGGACCUCAGGUGCGGGAUCUCCAGAAAGGUGUUGAAAUUGUAAUUGCUACUCCGGGAAGGCUGAUUGACAUGAUUGAGUCAAAUCAUACAAACUUACGAAGAGUUACAUACCUUGUAUUGGAUGAGGCUGAUAGGAUGUUGGACAUGGGCUUUGAGCCUCAGCUACGGAAGAUUGUUGCCCAGAUUCGUCCAGACCGUCAAACGUUAUGCUGGAGUGCUACCUGGCCGAAGGAGGUUGAGCAGCUGGCGAGGCAGUCCCUUUAUAACCCAUAUAAAGUGAUUAUAGGUUCUCCAGAUUUAAAAGCCAACCAUGCAAUACGUCAAUAUGUUGACAUUGUUUCUGAAAAGCAGAAAUACGACAAAUUGGUGAAGUUGCUGGAGGACAUCAUGGAUGGCAGCCGAAUACUGAUAUUCAUGGAUACUAAGAAAGGAUGUGAUCAGAUCACUCGGCAGCUCCGCAUGGAUGGUUGGCCAGCACUUUCAAUACAUGGAGAUAAAAGUCAGGCAGAAAGAGAUUGGGUGCUGUCAGAGUUCAGAUCUGGAAAGAGUCCUAUUAUGACUGCAACAGAUGUUGCAGCUCGUGGCUUAGAUGUGAAGGACGUGAUGUAUGUAAUAAAUUAUGACUUCCCGGGAUCUCUAGAGGACUAUGUUCAUCGCAUUGGUCGGACUGGGAGAGCUGGCGCAAAGGGAACUGCAUAUACAUUCUUUACUGCUGCAAAUGCUAGAUUUGCAAAGGAACUUAUAGCCAUACUUGAGGAAGCUGGACAGAAAGUGAGUCCUGAAUUGGCAGCAAUGGCACGUGGAGCACCUCCUCCUCCUUCAGGUUAUGGAGGUUUCCGUGGCAGAAGUUAUGGCAGUCGCCCACUGAGAUGAUUGAUGGAGGCGGAUAGCAAGUGGACUGAUGGAGUAACAAAUGAAUGCCUUGUUAUCAUGACUGAUUCUACCUCCUUUUGUUUUUUUAAUCCGAGUCUUGCACAUGUGUAUUUUAUUUUUCUAUGCCAAUUUGUAAGAAUAUUAGAAUAGUGGUAGAAUUUUUUGAAGUUUUUGUUUUAAGAAUCAUAGAACAUUUGGAGGAAAGCUUCGCUGUACGGCCAAACAUCUGUUUAUAGUUCAUACCACAAUCGUUGAGAAUCCUGAGC